AUGUUAAAAGUUGACUAUCUUCACCGUGAGUCGUUCGUUUCACAACCGAUCGUCACUGCAGCACAAGCCAAGCAACAUCUACAUGAGAUCCGCUUACAACGUCAAAAUCAGCUAAGAACAACCAUUAACGAAUGUCAUCGACUUCAGAAUAUCCAUAAACAAAUCUACAAUCAUGCUCCUCAGCAAUGGAACUCUCACUCGACUGAAAAACAUGUUAAUCAUCAAGGAAGAACUGUGUCGAGUCCGAAACGUCUUCCUAAAUAUUCGAUACCUCGAAUCGAAUACGCUUCUCUGAUCUAUCGACCAUCGAAGUCGACAUUCGAAAUCGAUGCUGUUGACAAACCUCUGCCGAUUAUAAAAGAAUUAACAGAUCAUUUAUCGAAAUCUCCUUGUGCAAUUUUUUCAAAUGAUCGACAAGAAAUUAAUCGAUCAUUAUCAGCAAUAAAACACGAUCGACAAAGAUGCUUAAGUGUUUCCUCGAUUUCAUCGCUUGAUAAACGGACGCAUAAAGUCUAUGAAAAAUGGCCUGAUUAUAAUCAAAUAAGUGAAAUUGUUGGUUAUCGAAUUGAUCCUCCUGCUCCGAAAGUAAUUACAUCUAACAUUACACCAUCGCGUCCUUCAAAAACUAGAAGUCAACAAAAACGAAAUUCGUCAACGAAACUUUCUAUCACGCCAAAGCCGAAGCAACCAUCAGGACGAAAAUCACAGAAAGAUACUCUUAUACCGAUCGUUGUCGAAGAACCAUCAUUGAUACUCGAAGUUCCUUCUGUAAAGGCAACCGAAGAAAUCAAACCGAAUCUCCCCGAUCUACUUUGCCCAUCAUCCAUAGUGUAUUCACAACGUGUUCGAACUCGGCAAUGGUUAAUGAAACAUAAUUUCUCUUGCAAUCCAAUUCAAACUCUUCCGCUGUUGUAA